AUGGCGACAUUUUAUAUUUUUGUUUUAGCUACUGUGAUUUGUAGUGUACGAAGUCUCCCAGUUGAUACGGAAAGUUCGUCAUCGUCUACCUCGACUGGAUUGCAACUUUUAGUAAAGAACUCGACGGAUACUGCUGACUACCAUCUCACACCCUAUGUCAGUGAGCUUGAGCAAAUGGAUGAGAGGAUCACCGAAGAAUUGGAGGCUAUUUUGCCAUAUAUUAACUUUUUGUUCGAUACAUUAUUCGAUCGGUCUAGUGAUGAUGAAGAUGAAUGUAUUGAUGAUAUGGUUAUUCAGCUAGUUCCAGAAAAGUCACUACCUAAAAAGGAUGAAGACACUACUGAACCUGCUAUCGCACCU